CAUAAAUAGGGGUCUCUCCAGUGGCCUCCGCUCUUCCUGCCGGCUCCCUCCCUCUGCCCGCACUGCUGGCACCACAGGCCCAGGUGGCUGCUCAGCUCCAGGACAAUGGCCGCUCUGCACACGCUGUGGAUGGGGCUGGUCCUGCUGGGAGUCCUGGGGGUCCUGCAGACGCGGGUCCAGGCCCAGGCCUCUCUGCAGCCCAACUUCCAACAGGACAAGUUCCUGGGGCGCUGGUUCACCUCGGGCCUCGCCUCCAACUCGAGCUGGUUCCGGGAGAAGAAGAGCGCGCUGUCCAUGUGCACAUCAGUGGUGGCCCCCGCCACGGACGGAGGCCUCAACCUCACCACCACCUUCCUCAGGAGAGACCAGUGUGAGACACGGACCCUGCUGCUGCGGCCGGCGGAAACCCCAGGCUGCUACAGCUACACGAGUCCCCACUGGGGCAGCACCCACGACGUGAGGGUGGUGGAGACCAACUAUGAGGAGUACGCACUUCUCUACACGGCGGGCACCAGAGGCCUUGGCCAGGACUUCCACAUGGCCACCCUCUACAGCCGCACCCAGACCCCAAGGGCCGAGGUAAAGGAGAAAUUCACCACCUUUGCCAAGACCAGGGGCUUCACAGAGGAUGCCAUUGUCUUCCUGCCGAAGACCGAUAAGUGCGUGGAGGAGCACAGCUAGGGGACCCCAGCGCCCAGGACCCGGCCAUCCUGCCCUGCUCUGCUCUUCCUCCGGGAUCCCCACGACCCCAGCCCGGCCUCCUCCCUGCCCCCACCCCUGCCCCCUCGGGCUCUAUCCUGGCUCUGAGAAUAAACUGAGAAGCAAGUCUGCAA